GGAAACCGUUUUUGAAUAGGUAUUUUGCUCGUGCUUAAAAUAUAAUUAAUUAUAGUUUCGCCAGUUCCAUUUACUCCGUCCGCGGUUUAGCUCAGUGAUCGAUACCAGUAGUGCUAGAAAGCUGGCAUUUUCCAAGACUAAAGUGAAGAUGUGAUGGAUUUUUUAAAGUGGUCAUAUGUUUCCUAUGUGCUUUAGAGCUAACCUAAGUUCGGAUAUUUAUCUUAAAAAUAAGUAGAUAUUAAGUAUAAGCUCGCGAUUUUAUUGUUAAUAUAUUCCUCUUAAAUUAGGAGAUCCAGCUAGGAAUUAACUUAUUAACAAAGUGUUUUCGAAAAAAUGGCAUUAUCUAUACGGCCUGAAUACAGAAAACUUUAUACGACAUUUUGGUCUCUAAAACGUGACCAGGAAAAUACGCUAAUAUCAAGAGUUUCUCGCACCUUAUAAAAUUUGGUUUUAAUUUUGACAAAAGCUUUUCCGACCGGCUAAAAAUCCAGUUGUUAGACAUCAGACGAUCGGCGUCUACACAUCAGUGUUUCCAAUAAAAUAAUUGAAACAACAAUAAUAACAUGUGCGAUAUAGUUACUUCCUUAUUUCUGCUUAUUGUGUUAAGUUGUACGCCGGUUUACUCAGAAACAAAAAACUGUACCGACUGCAUUCCCUACAAGUCAUGUGAUGCUGCUGUAGAAGCCACUAAAAAGAAUGAUCCAGCCAUCGACACCCAGCUUACCAAUGCCUUCUGCGGCUUCGAGGCUGGGAGACCAAUGGUCUGUUGCUCCGACCUGAAAGGGCUGAGGCAACUGGAGCAUUCCGCCGAUAACCAUCCCAAUCUUUCUCUGUUACCGGACGACUGCGGCGUUGGAGGGCAGGACUUUGCAGACAGACUUGCAGGAGCGUUCCCGGUCCCAGGACUAUACGAGUAUCCUUGGAUGGUCCUCAUUGGAUAUAAGUCAUCAAAGCCCGAGGAGGGCCCUCAGUUCAACUGCGGCGGUACCCUUAUCAACGACCGCUACGUGUUGACAGCGGCCCACUGUAUCUUCAGCAGGGGGCGUAGUAAUUUGCAGAGCGUGCGGAUUGGAGAAUACGAUGUGGACACAACUACAGACUGCAUUGGAGAUAAAUGUGAAUCUUACGUGCAGGACAUAGACAUAGAAGAGGGCAUUUCUCACCCUGAAAAGAAACUUGUGUACCCUAUUAAGAAUGACAUCGGACUCAUUAGAUUGAACGAUACUGUAAAUUUUUCAAAAAAUGCUGGCACCAUCUGCUUACCCGUGACCAGCUAUUUGCGCACCCGAGACAUCGAUAACCUGAGCGCCACCGUUUCCCAUUGGAGAUAUUCGGAGGGUGGCUACGCGUUUUCCAAAAUGCUGUAUGCGGAUGUUAAAAUAAACAAUCCUCAGCACUGCAAGGAGCAGUAUGACAAGAUUACAACUAAUAAAAACGCCAGAGAAGAUAACAUGUUCAACAAGAUCUGCGGCUCCUAUCCCAGCGGUUCGGACACCUGCCCCGUCGCAGGAAGCCCCUUGAUGGUGCAGAGCCUGUUUGGGGACCGGUACCGCUUUGUCCAAUACGGGGUCGAGUCGUAUGGACCAAAACUCUGUGGAACAUUGUCACUUCCUGAAAUCUAUACUGACAUCACUAAAUACAUGAUCUGGAUUCUGGAUACAAUAAGACCUUGAGUGAAUGAGUGAUUUUAUUGUUAAAACUAGUAGCUUAAGUAUUUUACCCUAUGAAGUUGAAUUAUUUAGUGGAUGACCCAUUAACUUGUUUAAUUUGAUUUAUCUGUGCCAAUGUUGAUUCGCAGGACCAAUGGGCCUGGCUUCCUACAGAAGCCACCCCUGCUGCCGUAUUCGAACUUCAAGAUAUUCACAAGAGACGACACGUACUAGAUCCAUUCUAGAUACGUUAUAGUUUAGAUAUAACUAGUUCUCUUUUGCAGCGCAAUUCGGGCAACCAAUGUCACUUUUACGUUAGAUAGAGUAAGAUAUCUAUUAGAUGUGAAUUGGAUCUCUAAGUCAUAUCCUGUGGAAAACGUUCAAGAGUAUCUCCAGAAUCGCGCAAAUGUCAAAUUUGACAGAUCUAAACAUAUCGUUAUCGUAUCUUGGUGAUGUCUAAAAGAUAUCUAAUAGAUAUCUAUUUCAAAAUCCGAAUCGGGCCCCUGAUUAGCCACGCGUAUAACAUCUACCAACAGUACCAACACCAACUUAGACGCCUAGAUGGCUUAUAGAUUUCCAAUUUGUAACUUCCUUCUUCUGCUCUCGACCACCGUAGCAUACGCAUAGUGUCGUCCAUAUGUAAGACCAACGCUGUAUGUCUGUUGUACUUAUCGACAUAUCGAAGUCCCACUGUAUUUCGAGAUUGUAUAUCCUGUAUCUGUGUUCUGGAAGAAAUACAUUAUUUUCAUCAGA